CUCAAGGAGAAAAAAUCAGCCAUGCAUAACUUCUGCACUAAUAUGCAUAAAUACCAAAAACAAACUGCUUUUAAAACAUGCUAAAUGCAGUCAACAGUAGCCAAGACAAAGUCUUUGACGUUCGUCUGGAAUGCGUGGAUACUUUGAUGUCUCUCUCCUCGACGAAGUAACGAAAUUUGACACUGGUUACGAGGAAAGCAAGGAAUUUGCUCGAUAGUUCAGUCAUAGAGCUCGAGCCGAGAGAGUGUCUGGCAAAGUAUGACUCGCCACGAGUUGUUGCCGUUACGGCAUUUCGAUGUUGUUGCAGUGUGCGUUCUAGUAUGUAUAUCUAGUGGAUUUUGUAACGCUAUUCCUAAUGUUUUACAACAAAAUGCUACCACAGCGCCAGUCGUCACAAGCACAUCAGGUUAGUACCGACUCGCGUGAGAUUAUGUUUCUCAGUUUAUAUGUAAAACAUUUGGGGCGAUUAUUGUCUCACCGUAUGGCAAAGAACUUGAAAUUUAAGCUUUUAGUUAUCAUAUGGCUUAUCAGAACUUAUUAUAAUCUAUAUAUUUAUAUUGAUUAUUCACAGUGUACAAUAAUUCUGCCAUAUGGUAUAUUUACAGAUUGCUGUAAAGGUUUCAAUCUCACACAAUAAGAAGCUAUAGCUAACCGUUCUGUGACAAUUAUUUGGUGAUUAUAUUAAUCGAUCAGAGUAAUUAUUAUAUAUUUAAUGUUAAAAGCCUCCAGAAUAUCGAAGCUUACAACAAUCUCGAUAUUUGAGGGGUAAUAUUCUGUAUAUGUAAAGCAUCGCCCAUGUUGACAAACAAAAGUAUUUUGGUAUCAAAUAGACAGGAAUGGAAAGUCAUCUAUUCAAUAUGUCUUUGUGUCUUUCCAAUCCAGGCUGAUAUAAGUUUUUAGAAUUGCUAUUGGCUGGUUUACACUGUCAAAAUUUCUGUGAUCACAGUGGGAAUUUCGCGUAGGUGUAUUCUAAGUUUUGAAUGAUUUUGUAUGAAAUGUUUGAGGGAACUGCCUUUGUAUUAAAUACAGACUCAGUUCCCUCAUUACAAAUCCUUCAAAACUUACAAUUUACCUAUACAAUAUUCCUACUGUGACAACAGCAACGUGUUUCUAUGACUUGAAACCAACUUUCUGAGUAUCUGAUUACGAUAUAUAGACUGGAGACCCUUGUAAACAAUAUAUGUGCUGUCUGACCCGUUCAUCCGUCAAUGAAUGAAAUAAAAUAUAUAAGUGAAGACAGUGAAAUAAGCUCACUACACAUUUGCUAUUUUGAAAUGGUGCAGAACAUGAUUCAUGCAGCUUAUCUUUAUAUACUGAUUCAAAAACAAUUGAUUUCAAUUUAUUGCUGAUGCACGUCCUUGGUAGUUUUGCUUUACAAAUUAAUGAAUAAUGGCGGCAUCGGGACGCAUGGUGUCGAUACGGUGGUGUAGUCACAGAACACAUGCUGCUGGGAGCUACUAGACUUGCUCAAAGUCUGCCUCUGAAAGGGUUUUAUUCGGGAUUGAUAGAGUGCGUGCACCCUUUAAUAAACUCCUAAAUAAAAACCUCUUUGACUUUGAAAGGCACACUUUGAGCAUAGAAAACAACGUAGAGUUGUUCAAGCAAUGCUGAAGUUGAAGACCGAAAUGCAUGUGUACACAUUUUACCGUAGUUAAAUGGUGAUUUAUAUUUAUACUAUCGACGAUUCUUUGAUCAAAUUGAGCUUAAACAUACGUGUAGUGCCGAGGAAACAGUAUUUGGUAAGCUGGUAAUUUUUCUAUUAUAACUCAGUUGCAACUGAAGCGGGUCGAGUCACAUGACCACUGUAAGUCUGUAACAUCCUAUUAUCUUGCUGAUAGAAAUUGGUAUAAUGUCAAAUAUUUUAAUAUAUCUUGGGGUCUUAUUAACCCAACUAUAAAUAAGAAAGGCAUUCCUGAUUUUCAGGCAUGCAGGACAAGUCGGCGAGAUACGAUACUAUAUUGUACUUCGGUACUCUUUCUUAGUACCUACACAAUCUUUUACUGUACAGAUGUAACGAUAUAUUCCAUUACCACAGUAUUUUUUUAUUGUUUGCUCAUAAAAUUAUGCUGUCAUGCUCGAAUGCCUCAGUCCAACAGUUAUAGAUUACACAACCCAUUGAAGUGUCAUUUGCGACUUAUCUUUUAUUAAAGUCCAUGUGCAUAUAGAUUGUAGGCGAGCAAGUUUUCUUAGUUCAAAAGCUUUUCCUAGUGAAUCUCAAACAUGCUCGUUCAAUGCGGAGCAUAACUAAACUGAUGAGGAAAAUGCGACUUUUAUAUAAAGAAUGCUAAUGAAAAUGAGGUUUAUCAGGUAUAAAGCCUUUUCACGUGACAUAUUAUGGUUGACAUGAUUUGCCAAUAAGCUUACGAAUAGUAUUAAUGAGCGUUUGAAAGUUCAGUUUCAAACGAUCGUUUAUGGUCAGGAAAAAAAUUCAUUACCAUUAGUGUCAUGACACGAUUCAUCCCGUAGCUCAAUAAAAUAACAAAAUGAAUUACCAUCAAGAAUUACCAUCAGUUUAUCAUAAUUUCUUUUAUAUAGUUAACCAAUCAACAUCCACGACAAGUCUGGGCUGUAGUGCGCAUGAAUCAUCUUGUAAAAAUUGCUCGCAAGACAUGAAAUGUGCUUGGUGUUUCUCGGACGACUCAUGUCGCCCUAAAGAGUUGCGCAGUCAGCGUAAUUCGUGCAAAGAUGAUGACUGGUAUUAUGGAGACUGCGAUAAACCGGAAAAAGAAACUAUUCUGGUUUACGUUCUUCUUAGCUGUGCCCUGUUUUUACUUUUGAUCGUAAUUUUGUUGGUGUUGUAUAUAUUCUUCUGUAAGAUGCCUCGGAAUAAAGACUAUGAGCCAGUUAGUACGAAGGAGAAGAAGAAAAAACGCCAACGUACGCCAUUGAUGUCGAAAAAAGUGAAACCUUCACCCUCACGUACAGACGAACUCAAAAAGAAAUAUCAGUUAGAUGGUUAGGAUUGCAAACGACACGUUCUUCAGUGGGAAAUGUAUUCAUUGAUUUUAGGGACAAAUGAACGAUGAUUUAAUAUUUUAUAUGUUGGGUGAACAUCGUAUUUUAUUUUCUCAGUCAGAAGAAUAUGAGUUUUGAAAACUAAAUAGGUUUCGUCCAGUUUGAAACAAAUUGACAAUAUAAUACUAAUACUACGAUUUUUCUGCAUAAUCUUGGAAGUUAUAUUGGAAAUGCGACAAGUUUCCAAAAAUUGUACAGCACUUCUUAGGAAUUUUAGGCUUGGUAUAGGAAUUUUAGGUUAGACUAAAACGUACAUUGAUGCGAAAAAUGUUCCAAGACAAUUUAAUACCGUAAGCUAGCCAACACUACAUGUGUGAUGUUUUAACGUGCUCGUGUUUAUAAUGGACAUUUUAUCGUUGUGUGCGAUGUUUUGAAAAUGAUAUAAUAUUGUAUCUUGUACUUACGUAUUACUGAGAUUAACAACGUUUGUGAUUUGCAAUGAAUUACACGAUACGAACGAUGUGAUAGUGAUGAAAUACUGAUAUGAUUAAAAUCUUCAACUGUUUGUGCCAAUGUAGGUCGUGGCAAUAAUAAGAAAGUUUCGGAUCGAUAGGAAUGCAACUACCAGAAAAAUACAAGGAGACCUUCGACGUUUCGAGCGAAGGCCCUUCGAAAUUCUCCUUGUAUUUUUCAGGUAGUUGCAUUGCUAUCAAUCCGAAGUUUUCUGAUGUGAUUAUACCAAUAAUUAUUUUCGUAUUGCAUUAUUCACUUUACGACUCCGUGCAGACAUAAUAGACCUCAUUAUCUAUGUUUUCAAACACUCAUUAAUAAUUCAUAAGCUUAUUGGCAAAUCAUGUCAACCAUAAUAUGUCACGUGCAGUGGCUUUAUUAACCUGAUAAAACACUCCUAAUUAGUAUUCUUUAUAUAAAGAAUAUUAAUACACCCUUUUCAUAAAUGGCUGCCGAUUAAAAAUUCUGUUAUGUGCAUAUAAAUUGGCCCAACUAGCCUCGUACUCAUGUUAAGAUUUCAAAGGAAUUUCUACCCAGAAACGAGGCUAGUUGGGCCAAUUUAUAUGCACAUAAAAGAAUUUUUAAUCGGCAGCCAUUUAUGAAAAGGGUGUAUAAGGCAGUAUCUAUUGUAGUCGUGUCCUCAUUAGUGUUCUUUAUAUAAAGAAUACUAACAAGGCAGUAUAUCUAUUGAAUUUGUAGUCGUGUUUGAAGCCGUUUAAUAAACUCACAUGUCGUGUUUUAUUAGGUCUAAAGCCACUCGCGCUGCGGUAAUUAAACCAACACACUGUUAUAUUCGUUGGUUGGGCGAAAAAAACAAUAUACGUGACGAUGAACCAACCAUUUUUUUGCAUAAACCAAGAGAAAAACCUAUAGAUAGUGAGGUGUAUUAUGUUAGCAUCCUAAUCUUCUUAUUCUAUUGACUAUGGUUCAAGCUCUGCUUUACAGUUUUAAGAAUUAUUUGAUCUGAAACAAUAAAAACUUUCGCGCCAUAUCGUCUAAUGUAAAACAUUUCAAUUUAUUUGGUCUACGCAUCUUAGGCUCCAGAUAGCUUUUCGUAGCGACGUGAAAAAACACCUAUCCGAUUUUAACGGAGAGAUGUUGUUUUGCUCAAAUUCUGAAAGUCGUACAUUCUGUAUCGGGAUAGGUGCUUUUUCGGUAUGGUGUAAAUAUAGCCUUAAAUUUAAAAAUAUUGAUAUUGAUUACCGA